AUUUCUUCCUCCUCCUCCUGCUCUCUCCGCCUUCAAUUACCCUGUACUUUUUUCUCGGAAUCAAAACCCUAAAUUUCCUUUGCCCCCUUUUCUCCCCUGAUUAUUCUGCAUUGUGCCAUUGGAUUCCUUGGUCGUUGGAUUUUGGUGGAAAAAAGUCAAAAUGGAAUUCGAAGGCCAAUAUCGCCUCGCUCAGAGCCCAAAAUACGACUGCCUUUUGUUCGAUCUUGAUGACACGUUAUAUCCAUUUAGUUCCGGCAUUUCUGCCCAUUGCACCAUGAAUAUUGAAGAUUAUAUGCUUGAGAAGCUUCAAAUCGAAAAGGAAAAUAUCCCAGACAUCUCAAACAUAUUAUACAAGCACUACGGAACAACCAUGGCUGGCUUAAGGGCUAUUGGUUACAAAUUUGAUUAUGAUGAGUACCAUAGUUUUGUUCAUGGGAGAUUACCAUAUGACAAGCUAAAACCUGAUCUUGUUCUUAGGCAUCUCUUAUUGAGCUUGCCCAUUCGCAAAGUCAUAUUUACAAAUGGCGAUAAGAUCCAUGCCGCGAAAGUUCUUAAUAGAAUGGGGUUGGAAGGUUGCUUUGAAGGGAUUAUUUGCUUUGAGACCUUGAAUCCACCGGAGGACUCAUCGUUUUCUGAGGAUGAAAUCGCUGAAACUGAAAUCUUUGACAUCCUUGGGCACUUCUCUAGAGCUGAUGCCAAUGUGGAAUUACCCAAGUCCCCUCUCCUUUGCAAACCAUCUGAGGAUGCUAUGAUUCAAGCUCUCAAAAUUGCCAAUAUUGACCCUCAGAGGACGAUUUUCUUUGAUGACAGCAUAAGGAACAUUGCUGCUGGCAAGAGAAUUGGUCUCCACACUGUGCUGGUUGGAAAGUCCAGCAGGAUCAAAGGAGCCGAUCAAGCAUUAGAAAGCAUCCACAACAUUAAGGAAGCAUUGCCUGAGCUAUGGGAGGAGGCUGAGAAGUCGGAGGAGAUUCUAUACUCAGGCAAGGUCUCAAUCGAAACAUCCGUAACUGCUUAGGGUUUGUUUUCAUGUAACUACAGCGGGUAGAGAGAGGUGGAGAGAUAACUUAUUAUGACAGAGCAAAAAAAAAAAAUCCAGCUUGUAGGAUUUGUUGUUUCUCUGUCGAUGGAUCAAUGUAUAUACAGCUAUUAGUACUUUAAUAGAAAUAAAUCCCUUGUUUUCUCUACCCCUUGUUUUUAAAGAUCUAAUGUGCAACAAUUAUUCAAAUUCUGCCUGCCUAUAGACCUUUCAAGGGGGUAAAAUAUUCACUGUAAUCUAUUUACAAACCUUUGUAAUUUUCAAUGAAAAGAAGUGCUUUUAUUUUGGGUU